AUCUGUGGACGCUUUUCUGGAGGGAGAUGGCUGUUUUUCGGAUGUCGUUGCUGCUGCAAGUGGGAUUUGUGAUCGGAUCAAACCAUAAAUACGCGGAAUGGUCAGCGCAUGGGGAAGAUAUCAGAGCGCAGGAGGCGAUUUACGGCGCUCAGACGCACCGUCGGCAGCUGGCGCAUCUCCGUGCGCCUCAGCAUCCUCCCGGGGAGACGGCGGAGCUGCCGCAGAAAAUAGAGGAGCUUCUCCCCAGGGUGGUCACGGCUUUUCUUCACACGGGGGACUCGACCACCUUAAAGCACGCCAACUGCUCGCGGAGGUACGAGCUCACCUCUCAGCGGGGAAGGUCACAAGACACCCCGCAUUACUCCAUGAACAGCGUGCUGGAUACGGUGCUGCACGCCACAAACUUCCUCAACAUGAUCUUGCAAGCCAACAGGUCCAGGGAGCAGAGUCUCCGCAGAGACAUUGAGUGGUACCAUGCCUUAGUCAGGAGUGUACUGGAGGGAGACGCCAAGAUUCACCGGGCGGUCGUCACUUUUAGCGCGGAUUCGUCUGUGGAGGGCCCCUCUGUGCUCCUCCAAGCCACCAGGGCCGGUGGAGAGAUAGUCCUCCAUGACCUCUCCAGCAUGGCACACCACCAUCUGCACAACCGCACUGUAGACACAGAGUGGUACCACGGUAUCAAAGACAGGAAGAAGCCCAGUUUCCAUAAGAGGGUGCUGAGUCAAGAUUUUAAAUCACUUGACAAUUCUUUAAAAAGAGGAGAGAGCUUUAUCCCGGACAAGACACAUGUCAAAUGGUCUGCGCCCUACCUGGAGUGUGAAAAUGGGAAUUUUGUUCCCCGCUGGCUUUUGACCUUAUCGGCUGCUUUCUAUGGCCUGAAGCCCAACCUGGCUCCUGAAUUCAGGGGCGUGGUGAGAGUGGACAUUAAUCUGCAGGAUGUUGAUAUCGACCAGUGCUCCACUGACGGCUGGUUUGCUGGAACCCAUCGAUGCAACCUGACCACUAUGGAGUGUUUGCCGAUCCAUGGUCAUGGAUUUGUCUUAGACAAGUACUCGUGCCACUGCAAGAAAGGAUUCUUCCAUCCCAACAGAGUGGCUGUCAACGGCUUUACAAGGAUGGGGAGAAAGGGGAAAGCUGCGGACAGCGGUCCCAAUGCAGAUGAGGGGUCUUCCAGCGACUGCUUGCCAUGCCAGCAGGGCUGCGCCUACUGCAAGGACGACACCCCGUGUGUGGCGCGAGAGGACGGCGCUCUUCGCAUAGCCGUGCUCUCCUUCCAGUGCCUCUGCAUGCUGAUUGUCUUCGUCAGCAUGGUACUCAUCUACCACUUCCGCAGGAACAAGAGUAUCAGAGCAUCAGGUCUAGUCCUACUGGAGGCCAUCCUGUGCGGAGCUCUGCUUCUCUACUUUCCGGUUGGGAUUCUCUAUUUCCAGCCGAGUGUUUUCCGCUGCAUCCUGCUGCGCUGGGUUCGACUGCUGGGUUUCGCUACCGUCUACGGGACACUGACUCUUAAGUUGUACAGGGUGCUGAAGGUGUUCCUGUCCCGUACAGCCCAGAGGAUCCCCUAUAUGACCAGCUGGCGAGUGUUGCGUCUGCUGGGCAUCAUCCUACUCAUCGUCUGCUGGUUCCUUGUGGCUUGGACAUCUGCUGUCUGUCAGAGCCCGGACAGGAAGUUGGCUCUCAUCGACGUGGGCUACACGCCCGAUGGGCUGCAGUUCAGCAUGUGCCUGCUGGAUCGCUGGGACUACAUGAUGGCUGUCGCUGAGUUCCUCUUCCUGCUGUGGGCAGUGUAUCUGUGCUACGCGGUGAGGACGGUGCCGUCUGCGUUCCACGAGCCUCGCUACAUGGCCAUCGCUGUUCACAAUGAACUCGUCCUGACGGCAAUAUUCUAUGUCAUCAGGUUCACUCUCGCUCCGGAGCUCCAUCCAGACUGGAUGCUGUUACUGUUCUUCACCCACACCCACUUAACUGUAACAGUAACACUGGGUCUACUACUCAUCCCGAAGUUCCUGUUUGCCGGCACCCACAUGAGAGAUGAUAUUGCCUCCGAGGCUUAUGAGGACGAGCUGGACAUGGGUCGUUCUGGGUCAUAUCUGAAUAGCAGCAUUACAUCAGCGUGGAGCGAACACAGUCUGGAUCCUGAGGACAUUCGGACACCAGACGAAAUGGGCCAUCUCAGUUCUAUUAAUGGCUGUGGCGUAAGGUCUUGCGACAGUCAUUGGGAAAAACGUACCAACGAGGAGCUGAAAAAACUCUACUCCCAGCUGGAGAUUUACAAGAGGAAGAAGAUGCUAGCAAACAACCCACAUCUCCAGAAGAAGCGGAGCUCCAAAAAAGGGUUGGGUCGCUCGUUGAUGAGGCGCAUAACUGAGAUUCCAGAAUCGGUGCACCGGCAAUGCAGCCGUGAAGACAAGGAGUCUGGAGAACACGGGAGCAACCGUAACAGCAUCUGCAUGUUGAAGAAAAACCCCUUCGAUCCGACACACACAGGAAAGCCGGCGAAGGAGGAGACGCUUAAGAAAAAGGUUUUCUCCCUCAAGAAGUCCCACAGCAGCUAUGACCAUGCUCGUGACCAGAGUGAAGACGCCAACAGCUCAGUGACAAACAAGAUGGAGGUGAGCCCAGCUGAAGGCUCCCUCAUAGAUACACUCAUGGGCAAGAAGCUGGUCAAGAAGAAGUCUAGUGAGACUAUAAGUGCCACCAGUGAAUCUACAGAAUGCGUUCCUUUGGUCUGCAAGUCAGCCAGCGCCCAUAACCUCACUGCAGACAAGAAACCAAUUCAUCCAAGAGCCUCCAUGCUGCAGAAGUCCCUCAGUGUCAUAGCCAGUGCCAAAGAGAAGACUUUGGGCUUGACAGGAAAGACCCAGAGCACGGAGGACAGCAAUAAGAAGAGUCAGCCAAAGAGCAAAGACUUAAGGGCCAAUGUAGAGCCGGAAAAUGAAUUCCAACCCAAGAUGAUUAUUAGCCAGUCGGUUGAGUACAAACCAACUAUGUCAAUAGGCAGGAUCAUGAAACAGCCAGUGAGUGGCAGCCAGCCUACAAUCUGUUCCGAUCCACUCAAGGGGAAUGACCUCUACGAUCUCUCAGAAGUUUGUCCCUGGGAAGUGGAGGAUCUCCCAACUCCAUCUGAAAACAAGGUUCAAAAGCAUGUAUCCAUCGCACCAGAGGAAACCACAACGGUUCACGGAGGUAGCACCAAGGGAGGCAAAUCUCAGCAGCAGAAACAGAAAGCAUCUGAUCAACCUCCAUCAAGUGGCAGCCAUUCAAAGGACAUUCAGAGGACGACGGCUGUACGAGCAGAGAUAUGUCCGUGGGAAGAUGGAGGUGAAAGUCAAGGCAGUCAAGUAGAAGGCUCAAAGCAACAAACAUACAGUCAAGCUAGCAAACUUGCUAAGACCCAGCAGCCUCAAUCUACAACAGAGAGCUCCGAAACACAUCGGGUAGAAGUUUGUCCAUGGGACUUCAAAGAGGCCCAAAAGACAACAGAGUUAGCUGGUUCACCAGAUAUGACAACACAAAGACAAGACACCUCUCCUCUGGAAGGGAAAAGGAGAAGUACUCUUUUAGAUCCAUCCAAAACAGGAGUCUCGCUCCAGCCACCAUCUUUAAAAGCUGAUGUAUGUCCCUGGGACUACGACAACACUGCCGUAUCUCCAAAUUCAGAGAGGACACCUAGUCCCUCUCAAGCAUCCAAAACAAAGGAAUCCACAUCACAAAAGAAGGGUACCCCUUCCACAAAAACAGUUGAGAAAGAGAAAUCAAAAGACGCUGAUAAUGAGAAAAGUAGAACAAAAGCCAAGGACAAGAGUAAAUCUUCAGAGAAACACGUGAGCCAACAGCAAAUGGCUGAUGUAUGCCCGUGGGAUGUAGAGAGUCAUCAGGAAGUAUCAGUGGUAGAAAAAAGGAAAAGCGCAAAUGUUGGAGCAGUCAAAGCAAAGCCGGCUGAAGUCUGUCCGUGGGAUUUUGAGGCUGCGUCCGAUAAAAAAGAUGCAGACAAAAGUGCUUCGGUCGUGAAACAGAGCAAUCCUAAUCCUAAAGGCGGAAUUGCAGGUGCUGCUAAAAAGGCAGACGUUUGUCCCUGGGACUUUGAGGAUAGCACAUUGAGCAAGAAGGCAUGACACUUAACCUUAAUGGACCACUGAAAUUAAAGUUAUUGAUGUAUACGUUUUUUCACUUUGAAAUCGUUAAAUAUUACCUUUUACUAUUAGUAUGGUGACUUGGAAGAAAAGUUCAAGAUCAAGUUCCACAAGUUGCCUUCCUUUCCGAGGUUUUGUUCCUGUUUUACUUAUUUUUGAAAAUAAGUAAAAUGUACGAAAAACAAAACAAAGUCAUGACGAGCAUUCCAGAUUAUUACAGGAAAACCCUGAAGAUAAAUCUUAGAGUAAUUAUGCAACUUUUGAUUCAGCCUUUUCAAUUCAUGAGCAAUGUUGAAAAUCUGCAUUUAUCAUGUUCUGUAUUCAGUCAACAAUUCUUGGUUGUUCUUUUUGUGCAUAAUCAUCGUCACUUAAUGGACUAGGAUAUGACAUGACAAUAGGAUUUGUAGGGAACAAGAAGUUUGAAAUUAAGGUUGAUUUACAAAACAGCAAAAGUGAAAGCCAAAGAAUAAGGAAACAUUUGCAAAGAGAGAUGUUGGUUUUUAGGCGGUAAAGUUAAUUUAUUUUCCGAUCCUUGGCACAGAGGGAAGGACUCGGUAAGGGAAUCAGUCUAUAGCACUUUAGUAAACACAAAUUAAGAACAGUUUCUGUUCUUCUUGUACAUUUAGUCUUUUUUCAUUUUCAACUUCAUGGCAUGAAUACCACACAGGAUGUCACACAUCGACCAAACUUAGACAUGUUUUUGUUUAGAUCUAUUUAAUUGUAGUUCUCGGCAGAUUAAAAUGCUUCCAAGUCUGCGGAGAUGUACUGUAUGUGCCUAACUAACUAGCAUUGUCUUGUAUCAGUCUGAAGUGAAGCAAGUGGCUUCUUCUUCAGCACUUGUGUGACGGUAAAUUAUAUAAACAGCAUGCAUAACCAGGUGUCGAGAGUACCGGUUUGUCAACUAAAGCAGUUAAUGUGUUGACAAAUAUAUAAUGUUGUUUUUUUUAAUACCAGAGGCACUCCUUUUAAUGCUCUCCUAUUUCCAAAAGCUCAUUCUGGGUGGUGGAGAUUAUAUGAGAGCAACAUUACCAUGAAUGUGUGUCAAAAUGGCUCAUAUGUACACUGUAAAAAGUAGGGAUAGAAAAAUGUUGGGGGAAUAUUGAAGGAACAAUUUGCACCAGCUUUGUUUAUGAAUCCAGCAUGGAUCUUUGUGUUGGCGUGUGUAUGUGUGUGCGUGUGUGUGUGUGUGUGUGUAUUAUUUUCCUAGUUUUGGCCAUCAUUCCAACAUAACGUGCUUGCUGAGACCUAGAACCAAAGCAACUACACAACAACAAAGUCCAAUGUGGCAAGAAACACGAGCAGUCAGAUGAGCAUACAUCCAAACGAAGGCGUACGGUAAAAUACAAUUUAAACCCAACCUUUUUGUUUACAGACAGACUUCCUGAUUCAACUUUGACCUACCAUUCUUACCAUAGUUGUGUGCGCACACAUGUUUAUUUGUGCAAUGAGGGUUAAGCCCGAUAGUCAGACUGAAUUGUCAUUUUGUUUCACUUCAUCCGUUCAGCUCGGUCACGUUAGCCAAUUUUCUGUUCGUCAUUUUCAAUAUAGCCGACAGGAAAGCUGUCGUAGCGGUUGCUAGGAGCAGUUAGUUUUUUACAAUGAUCACAGAAAUAUGGUAAUACUGUUUAGUAGUUCUGUAAAUUGACUAACCGGUCGAUUAUCAAUGACUUUUUGAUUUUAUUUUGAAAUUAAGUGGUUUAGAUAAUUUGGCUAAACUACUUGUUUACAACCUGUCUGAUCAUGUGACCAGUCGCAUUUCCUGUAUUGUCAGACUUUGCUUUAGCGAUGUCGACUUGUUUCCACAUCUUAAAAAUGAUUACAAUGUUAUCAUAACUGUUAGAAACAAUGAUCAUAACUACAAAGGUAAAACCCAACUUUUAUAAAGCGGAACUAUCCUUUUUUAUAUUUUAAAAUAAUAAUAUUACUAUACGGCCAUUAUACAACGGCAGUAUAAGCACUACACUGCCAUCAGUUUUUUUCUUUGCGCUUUUGUAUUGAAAGUUCACAAGUAGUGUAACGCAUGCUCUUCCCAGUUUAAUGCAAGUAGGCUAAAGCCCCAUUGAUUAAUUGAGAUGAUCCUUUUAGAAUUAGUCUUAGCCAUGUGAUUAUCAAUUAAUAAUCUGACUAAACCUUUUGAGAGUUUUGAUUUGUUCAGUGUUUUGUAUCAAAAUGUCUAAAUAUUCAUCAUGCACUAUCUAAGUGAAAACAAAAAAAAAGGAAAUCUCCCACUUAUAUUUAAAAUAACACCUUGAACACUUGACAAUAACUGCAGUCGUGAGGAAAAACUAUGUAUCAAUAUAGCAUCUACGGUACUUUAUGGUAUCUUGUGAGAAUUACAUGGUGUCACUGAAUGUUGUCACUGAUUGUAGUUAUCUUUAAUUGCUGUCAAAUUCCUCGAUACCCGAGCUCUGUAGGAGUCCUUGCUAACUGUGGUAAAAAAUAACAAAUAAACAGUGCUUGUCAGUGAGAAUUCCCGAAGUCUGAAAUAAUAGAAUUUGUAUCCUAUUGUGUUCGAUUCUACAGCUAGCCUCUAUCAACAUGAUUUAUUAUGCUACGACUUACAUCUCUGAGAAAUGACCUCUGCCGUUGACCUGUCGCGGUCUCGUCAGAAAUAUUUCAAAUGUGGAGUGUUCGCCUUACAGCGUGAGAUUUCUUUUAUCACCUCUGCUUUAUGAGCUCCUUUAGGAACGGUGUCUGAGAAGACCUGUCAACGUGCAUGGAUUGAUUGUAAUGAUUUGAUGGAUCUAUGUGAUAUUUAUGAACCAGAUGUUAGGUGUCAUCCAUCAUAUGCUUUGUGGUUAGUGGAUGCAGGACCACACCAGGAGACCCCGUAUGGCAACAACGACAUUUCAAAAGCUCUUUUGUUUUUUUUGUUUGUUUGUUUAAGUGACUCUGAAAUCACUGACGCAUUGGAAUUUUUACUGCCCUGGGUGAUAAAUAAUAUGCUGUAUAUUUUUAAAACAAGCCUCCUUUUUUUUGUCCUUGUAGGAAAGCUAUUUGAAAUGAGAUGUGUUUAUUUUAUGAUAAUAUUUUUUAAAUUACACGACUUUAGAUUGAGCUCAUAGGCUCUGUAACAACUAGGAUUUAGGUGAUUUCAAUCCAUUUGUUAAAAUAAAAAAGAACCAUACCAAGCAAUAUAUUAUGACAUUUCUUUUCUGGCAUCAAAGCUUUAUUUAUUUAGGCAUUUAUUGAUUAGCUUUUACACACUGGGCCCAUGAGAUUUCCACAUCAGAGAUAGCUGGAGUACAAAUGAAACACAAUUACAGUUGCACUGUCUUAGAGCGGAAAAUAAUAACAAUGCAAUAUCCAACCAUUACACUAUGGAAUACAUCACAUUUUCACACAUCUACUCUGUUGUUUCAUUUACAUAAUUUCAAACAGUAUGCCUGCUGAAGCAUUCCUCAGUUCAGUCGGUCCAAAGCUGUCUGUUUACUCGCCUGCGUAUACAUAACCAGCGUCUGUUUCUCUGGAGAUUAUCAUUGUGUUUUAGCUGUAUCAUCAAUGAAUCAGCGAAAGUUUAAACCUCAAAUGGAGCCCAUUGUUCUUCUACCGUCUAAACAUAGACGACACUGUCCUGUAGCUCUUUGUCGACCAAUCGGAUCUUUGACCAUUGUUGGCUAGCUGAUUUCAUUUAAACCUGACGUCUCUUCUCUUGUGACCAAACCACGUCACCCGAUGACAAACACUACUAUUGCUACUAAUACUAUUCAAUGCUGUAACGUCGUAAAUCUUGCUCUUGUGGCUUCUGCAUGAAUUCAAGGGAAAAAAAAAUAAUAGGACCGAUGUUUCACUGCCCUUGAUAGAACAAAAAAGAAAAUAAAUUGAUCUUUUAUGGACUGUUACAAGUUGUAUAGUGAGUGAUACUGUCCCUAACCCACUGUAUUAUGUGCUUGUUAUAACUAUUGCUCUAUGACAAGCUUAUAGCAUCAAUAUAUGGGAAUAUUUGGUAGAUUUAUAUUGUGUUAUAUUGUGAUAGCAUGUACAUAAAAGAUACCUCCUCUGCAAUAAAUAUUUAUAUGAA